AUGGACACUACUGUUAGAUGCUCACUUCAAUUAUUGCUUUCAGUGUUCCUCCUAAGUUUUACAUCUCAUCAUCAUGUCUCUGCAAGGCUUAGAAAAAAUAUUCAAACCUCAAUCUCUGAAUCUGCUGCAGCUUCCAGAGAUUUUGUGACAUUUUUCUACCCCCAAACACUUGAUCAUUUCAACUAUAAGCCUGAAAGCUAUACCACUUUCAACCAAAGAUAUGCCAUCAAUUUCAAGCAUUGGAGUGGUCCAAAUACUAGUGCACCAAUCCUUGUGUUCUUUGGUGCAGAGGAGAAUAUAGAUGAUGAUAUUCGCAGUAUUGGCUUUCUUACUGAUAAUGCUUCUCAAUUCAAGGCUCUCCUUCUUUAUAUCGAGCAUCGUUAUUAUGGGAAAUCAGUACCAUUUGGAUCAAGCAAGGAAGCGCUGAAAAAUGCGAGUUCUCUUGGUUACUUCAACUCAGCUCAAGCUUUAGCUGAUUAUGCUGCUGUGAUUAUGCAUGUCCAGAAAAAUUAUUCUGCAAAGAGUUCUCCUGUAAUUGUGAUUGGAGGAUCCUAUGGUGGAUUGUUAGCUUCAUGGUUUCGGCUCAAGUAUCCUCAUAUUGCUCUUGGUGCUUUGGCAUCAUCAGCUCCAAUUCUCUACUUUGAUGACAGCGUACCACUAGCUGGUUUCUAUUCAAUAAUAACCAAGGACUUCAAAGAAACUAGUGAAAGUUGCUACAAAACAAUAAGUGAAUCAUGGGCAGAAAUUGAAAAAGUAGCUUCCAAGCCUAAUGGCCUUUCACUUCUCAGCCAGAAAUUCAUGACUUGCAAUCCUCUGAAGAAAAGUUCUGAGCUGAAAGAUUAUUUAGACUCACUAUACACUGAAGCGGCUCAAUUUGAUUAUCCACCAACAUAUCGGGUCAGCCUCGUCUGUGGUGGUGUGAAUGGAGCACCAGAAGGAACUGAUAUUCUUGGAAGAAUAUUUGCUGGUGUUGUUGCUUACUUGGGCGAAAGAUCAUGCUACGACUUAAAUCUGUUCAAUGAUCUAACUGAUGAAACUUCCCUCGCUUGGGCAUGGCAGACAUGUAGUGAAAUAGUGAUACGCAUAGGCCACGAUAGGGAUAGUAUGUUUCCAGCAGCACCUUUCAAUCUAGACAGCUACAUAAAGGAUUGCAAGAGCUUGUUUGGUGUCCUACCUCAGCCUGAAUGGGUUACAACUUAUUAUGGAGGCCAUGAUUUAAAAUUGAUUCUCCGUAGGUUUGCCAGCAAUAUUAUCUUCUCAAAUGGGCUGAGAGAUCCUUAUAGCAGUGGAGGGGUGUUAGAGAACAUAUCAGAUAGCAUUGUUGCAAUCUCCACGACUAAUGGAUCUCAUUGCUUGGAUUUACAUCAGGAGAAGCCAAGUGAUCCACGUUGGCUAGUGAUGCAAAGAAAAACUGAAGUGGAGAUAAUCCAAGGCUGGAUUUCCAAGUACCAUGAUGAUCUUCAGCUCAAAGAUCCAAAAUAUAUUGUUUGA